AAGGAAGCUUGAUAAAGUAUGCUAACUAGAAAGAUAUUAUUAGUGAAUAGUGGAUAAUUAUGAACUUUGGUCUAUAGUACUUCCAAAAUAAUAGUCCUUCCAAUAGUCGCAAAGCAAACCGAAGAAGAAAAAAGUGAUCAAAUUCUUUGAUGAACCCAAAAUAAAAAUUAGUAACAAAAUUUGAUCAAAUCACUGUUCAAUUGAGCUAAAGAGAAAAAGGGGAAAUGGCGAAUUUGUAUGUAAAAGCAGUGCCACCGGCGGAUCUGAAUCGGAACACAGACUGGUUCAUGUACCCUGGUGUAUGGACAACCUAUAUACUCAUCCUUUUCUUUUCAUGGAUUCUUGUUCUUUCCCUUUUUGGUUGCUCACCUGGCAUGGCGUGGACCGUUGUUAAUCUUGGUCACUUUCUGGUCACAUAUCACUUCUUCCAUUGGAAGAAAGGAACUCCAUUUGCAGAUGAUCAGGGAAUGUACAAUCAAUUGACGUGGUGGGAGCAAAUAGACAAUGGGAAGCAGCUCACUCGUAACCGAAAAUUCUUAACUGUUGUGCCUGUCGUCCUGUACUUGAUAGCCUCACAUACAACUGAUUACCAACAUCCAAUGCUCUUCUUCAAUACCAUUGCUGUGACUGUGCUGGUUAUUGCCAAGUUCCCGAAUAUGCACAAGGUCCGAAUCUUUGGAAUUAACAGCGAUCCGUAAAUGUUUCUUUUUUUGCGUCCAGUUUGACUGUUUCUCAGAGUUUAAGCUUUCUCAUCCUCCUGCUGUUCUGCGUAAAGCGAAGCUCGUCUCUGUAUAGAAGUCAGGACAGAAAAGAAUACUUGCUACUGCUUUAGUGCUAAUGGCUUUUACAAGUGAGUGCUUCUCUAGAUAGUGAAGCAAUAAAUGUAACAAGUUUUCUGUACAGUGUAAUUUUCCCAGCAAGCAUUAUAUGAGCACUAUAAUUAGUUCAA